GCCGGAGCCGAGUCAGCAGUAGACGUGCGAGUCCCCGCCCCCGCCGCUGCACAGCGAGGAGCGGCCGCCGGCGGGCCGGUCGCAGGGAGCCGCCGUCCGUCGCUGGCCCAACGUCCCCGCCAUGGAGUCCCGCUACAACCUGAAGAGCCCGGCUGUCAAACGUUUAAUGAAAGAAGCAGCCGAAUUGAAGGAUCCUACAGAUCAUUACCAUGCACAGCCCUUGGAGGAUAAUCUUUUUGAAUGGCAUUUUACUGUUAGAGGCCCUCCAGAUUCGGAUUUUGAUGGAGGAAUUUAUCAUGGACGAAUAGUACUACCACCAGAGUAUCCCAUGAAACCCCCAAGCAUCAUUCUGUUAACAGCCAAUGGCAGGUUUGAAGUAGGGAAGAAAAUUUGUUUAAGCAUCUCAGGACAUCACCCUGAAACGUGGCAACCUUCAUGGAGUAUAAGAACAGCUUUACUAGCCAUUAUUGGUUUUAUGCCAACCAAAGGAGAGGGAGCCAUAGGAUCCCUAGACUACACACCUGAGGAAAGAAGAGCACUUGCCAAGAAGUCACAGGAUUUCUGCUGUGAGAUAUGUGGCUCAGCAAUGAAGAUAAGCCUGUUACCAUUAACAUCAGGAAGUGCUUCAAGCCAGGCUGACGAAGAGGCCAAGGAACUUGCCAGACAAAUUAGCUUCAAGGCUGAAAUCAAUUCAUCCAGAAAGUCUAUCACUGAAUCCCCAAACACAUCGGAAUUGAACCACUCUGCCACCUUACCUGAGCCACGACAGGAUGGUAUAAGUAGAGCAUUCCAGAACCCAACCACCAGUACAAUGUCUGAAACUCAGAAUAACUCCACACCACCUAAUCAAGAGCAUACUCAGCCUAUAUCUAAUAAUACCUCCAUGAGCCCUCGCCAGCGCCGUGCCCAGCAGCAGAGUCAGAGAAGAGUACCAUCUUCAACUAACUUUAAUCAGGUGCAGCAACCAAGAGUCAACACAAGCCACACUGGAUCAACUGUUCUGAUUGUCCUUCUGACUUUAGCAUUGGCAGCUCUUAUAUUCCGACGGGUAUAUCUGGCCAAUGACUAUAUAUUUGAGUUAUAAGAUUGUCUCUGUCUUAAGCAGUGACUUGAAUGCUUCAUUAAAUAUUCUGUAUUGGGUAUGACAUGAGAACUGUUUACAGAAGAUUACUUUUUUAUUUACUCUUUUAAGUCCUUACGAAUGUUAAUAUACCUUUAGGUACAUUGCUUUGUAAGGAUGACAAAUGUUGACAUUUCUAUGAAUACUAACAACUGUUAAUGAUCCAUGAACACUCACGAGAUACUUGGAGAAACAAUUUGGUUGAAUGUGAGCAUAAUAUGUAAAGGGUGGGGGAAAGAAAAUAUCAUUUGUGGCUACCUUAUUUAUUGAUAAAAGGAGGCAAUUAAAAAAGAGAGAGGUUUAACACUUUUUCUCUGUGGAACAUGGGUGCAGAUAGUCACCCAUAUCUGAGUGAGUAUAAAAAUUUACGUUGGAGAAGGACUUUUAAAAAUGAAACGCAGUGUCUAUGCGUUGCGUGUGCUCUUAAUUCAGAGGGGGAUAAUAUUUUGUAACCACUUUUAUUUACAAUAAGACAAUUCUAGAAAAAUGCAUGAAAUGUUGGUUC